GUAAACAAUGCACGCGCCAUUCAGCCAAUGAUUGACGCUGCAUGCUGUGACGGCACGUGUUUAGGCAGUCAUCUUUGACAGAGAUAUUAUACUAGACUCGUAAUUCUCUGUGAAACAGAUUGGGUUUCUCCUUGUCAGUUGUGCAGGACGUAGGGCCUGAAAAGGCCAGCUGUCUAGUCGUUUGGAUGUGAUGAAAAAGCGAAGGCCCUUGUAUACAUUGGUAUGCAUGUAAAACCCAGGUUCCGUGUAUACAUUGGCAUGCACGUAAAAGAUCCCGUGGCAGCUGGAAUUCGAUAUAAGAAUAGGCCAUAAUGUCGCUGCCCGGGCAAAAUUUGCCUCAUAGCACACUGUAUGUCAUGUACUCGUCUUCAUUAGCCCAGUCGGAGCAGAACAGUACGACAUUAAACCCCAUUUCUUUUAUUGAACAAAAAAGAGCAACACGUCGAGUUACAUUUGAAGUAUGAAUGACUCGGGUCCGGUUGAUCCGCGUACAGAAUAAAGAUACAACCUGAAAACAGGAUGCACCGGAAGUGAUUUUGGAUGAACCGUGGCCAUGUCAAUUUGUCCAAUUAAAAGAGUCAAGGAAACCAUUUAAGGCGUUUUCAGGUUUAUUUAUCACCCAAACAAUAGAAUUGUAACCUUAAACAGAAUAAUCACCUGAGUUCCACUACAGACAGUUCGGGUACACAGAAGUAAAUAAUCACCAUGGAGACUAAUGAUGUUAAAACAUUUCAUCAGUGUGUUGUAUGUGAUGAGAUUUUUCAACAACUUGAUGAUUUAGAAAAACACAAUAAAAUACAUGUUAAAGAAGAGAAAACUGAUGAUGUUGAAACAGUUCAUCAGUGUAAUUUAUGUGAUGAAGAAUUUAAAUCGGAUACUGAUUUAGAGAAACAUUGUGAAAUACAUAUUGAAGAAGAGUUGAACACUGAUAAUGAUAGUGAUGUAGGCCUAGAAUCAGCUGACAGUCGGGGUAUUUAUGUAGGCCUACUAUCAGCUGAUAGUACGAGUAUUGAUACUGAAGUAAAAAGUUAUAAAUGUGAUUUUUGUUUCAAAUCAUUUACUCUUAAGUGUAAUCUACAGAGACACAUAAAGGUUCAUAUUGGGGAAAGACGUUUUAAAUGUGAUGUUUGUAGUAAAUCAUUUAGUCAGAAAGGUACUCUACAGUCACACAUGAGAACUCACACCAAGGAUAAACCAUAUAAAUGUGAUGUUUGUGGUAAAACAUUCACCCAGAGUAGCACUCUACUACCACACAUGAGAAUUCAUACAGGUGAAAAACCUUAUACGUGUGAUGUUUGUAGUAAAUCAUUUUCACAGAAUCAAGCUCUACGGAUACACACGAGAAUUCAUACUGGUGAAAAACCUUAUAAGUGUGAUGUUUGCAGUAAAUCGUUUAGUCUGAAUGGUAAUCUACAAAUCCACACCAGAAUUCAUACCGAGGACAAGCCUUAUAAAUGUGAUGUUUGUGGUAAAUCAUUCAUCCAGUAUAAAGCUUUACAGACACACAUGAGAAUUCAUACUGGUGAGAAGCCUUAUAAAUGUGAUGUUUGCAGUAAAUCAUUCAGUCAGACUAGUUAUCUACAACAGCACAUGAGAAUUCAUACUGCUAACAAACCUUAUAAAUGUGAUGUUUGCGAUAAGCGAUUUAGGCGUAGAUAUAGUUUAAAAAUACAUGCAGAAAUUCAUGCUGGUGUCAAACCUUAUAAAUGUGAUGUUUGUGAUAAAUCAUUUAGGCAAAGAAAUAGUUUAAAAAGACACAUAGAAAUGCACACUGAUUAGAAACCUUAUAAAUGUGAUGUUUGCAGUAUAUCAUUUAAUCGGAUUAAUCAUCUACAUGGCUACAUGAGAAUUCAUACUGCUGACAAAGAUAUAGUUUAAAAAGACACACAGAAAUUCAUACUGGAUAGAAACCUUAAUAUCUGUAAAAUAAAAAAAAUAGGCCAUAACUAAAAGUAAUCUCUAUUGUAGAGAGUAUAUGAAAUAAUAGUUAUCUCCCUUGGAUAAGGAAUAAGCCAGUAUUAAUAUGAUUCAUUAACAGUUCAGACUUACUUAAUAACUGUUCACACUCAAAUAAAUAAAAUGUGUGUUUUACUUUGUGUAUAUUUAGUAAUACUUUUUUGGAAACCCGGUUCAAGUCAUAUUCCUGAAUCCCUCUCUGGACAUUGCUGGAUUGGCUUCUAAUAAUUGAGCUUUUGAAGGAGUGUGUCUAUU